AUGGACAAGGUUGAUGAGCUGAGACGAGCACGGAGGAGUGGUGUCCUGAGACGGGCACAGAGGAGUGAUAACCUGAGACGGGCACGGAGGGCACGGAGGAGUGAUGAGCUGAGACGAGCACGGAGGAGUGAUGACCUGAGACGAGCACGGAGGAGUGAUGACCUGAGACGAGCACGGAGGAGUGAUGACCUGAGACGAGCACGGAGGAGUGAUGAGCUGAGACGGGCACAGAAGUUCGAGGUCGGAGCCUGA